UGGCCACUCAAAAUAUCGAUGGGUGAAGCAUAUGCCCUUGCGUACAUACUGUCCAACAUACCAACAAACCUGCGAUACCUUAUCCUCUAGAACCAAACCUUGCAGAAAUGAAAUGAGUUCACACGUAACUCUCUGCAAUGAAUAGGACAUGGGUAGGAAAGAUAAGGACUAUCAGACUGAGUGUCUGCAAGGGUUGUCAAGCUUGGUUUGUAUAUACGCAGAGAAUGAUACCCGGCUUUGAAUCUUAUAUAAAUGGGCGUAACCUACGGGACAGAUUGUAAUUCACAAUAAGGCGGUUUUGAUGUUACUCCCAAUAACCACGUUGGAUUCUGAUUGGUUGCCUACUGUUGGGAGUUACCACUAUAAUACCGGCUGGUGAAUAUCUGUACCACUCAGAAAUGCGCGCAAUUACCCUCGCAGGGGCCAUCCCCAUAUUCUCAUUCCUGGCGGCCGUCACAGCGGCCCCAGCUACUGGGCCCAUCGAACUUCGGCAGUCUGCAAGCUGCAACACUCCAGACAACCGGGCUUGCUGGAGCGAUGGUUUCGAUAUCAACACAGACUAUGAGCUAUCGACGCCCGAGGGUGUCACCAGGACCUUUGACUUCGAUGUGAUCGAGGCCGACAACUGGACUGGACCUGACGGGGUUGUCAAGGAAAAGGUCAUGCUCAUCAACAAUCAGUAUCCAGGCCCGGCCUUGUACGCUGACUGGGGCGAUACUCUGGUUAUAACGGUUACCAACAGCAUGACGACUAACGGGACAUCUAUCCACUGGCAUGGUCUCCGUCAACAUCAUACAAACAUCCACGACGGCGCUAACGGCGUCACGGAAUGCCCAAUAGCCCCCGGUCAGUCCAAGACGUACACGUUUAGGGCCACCCAAUACGGAACAUCAUGGUACCACUCGCAUCACUCAGCACAGUACGGAAAUGGCGUCUUCGGCUCGAUCCACAUCAACGGCCCCGCCUCCGCCAAUUACGACGUAGAUCUCGGCGUCUAUCCCAUCUUCGACUACUACCAUCUCACCGCUGACCAGGGCGUGCGGCUCACGCAGACCCAGCCCUUGCCGCCGAACAGCGAUAAUGUCCUCUUCAACGGCACCAACAUCAACCCGGCCGAUCCCAGUCUGGGACAGUACUCCAUCGUGACACUGACACCGGGGGCCAAGCACCGCCUCAGACUCAUCAACCCCUCCAUCGAGCACAACUUCCAGGUCUCGCUCGUGGGGCACGAGUUCACCAUCAUCGCAACGGACUUCGUGCCCGUCGAGCCCGUCGUAGCCGGCGACGUGUUCCUCGGCGUGGGGCAGAGGUACGACGUGAUAAUCGAGGCCACCGAGGCCGUGGACAACUACUGGUUCAACGUGACGCUAUCGAGCACGGGGCUCUGCGGGGCGUCCGACAACGUUGCGCCGGCCGCCGUCUUCCGCUACGAUGGCGCGGCGGACGCACUUCCCACGGACCCGGGCACGGCGCCGGCGGACUCGCUGUGCAACGACCGGGACGACCUGGUGCCAAUCGUGACGCGCGCCGCCUCGGUGACGGAGAUCACGCCGGCGGUGCUGCUCAACGACAACCUGCCCGUGACGCUCAGCUUCCCGCCGCUGUCCAGCACAGUGACGUGGUUCGUGAACGGGAGCGCCAUCGACGUGCAGUGGGACAGGCCGGUGCUCGAGUACGUGCUCGAGGGGGACGCGGCGUCGCUGCCCCGGCGUGAGAACGUCGUCGUCGUCGACCAGGAGGACGUCUGGACGUACUGGAUCAUCCAGAACCUGUCGCCGGUCCCGCACCCCAUGCACCUGCACGGCCACGACUUCCUGGUCCUCGGCCGGUCGGCGCCGCUGAACGUGCCCUUCUCGCUCGCGCAGCUCCUGGCGCUGCUCGCCGCGGGCCAGCUGGGGCCGCUGACGGAUCUGUUUGACCCGUCGGACCUUGCGUCUCUGAACUUCGACAACCCCACGCGGCGCGACGUCACCAUGCUGCCCGGGCUGGGAUACCUGGUCGUGGCGUUCCGGGCUGACAACCCGGGGAAUUGGUUGUUGCACUGUCACAUUGCCUGGCACGUCAGCGGUGGGCUGAGCGUGGACUUUGUGGAGCGGCGGGACGAGCAGGCGGCUUUCAUUAGUGAAGCGGAACUGACUGCUUUCGAGGAUACGUGUACGCAGUGGCGGAGCUUUUAUGCUACGAGUGAGUAUCAACAGGAGGACUCGGGGCUUUGA